CCUCAACCCAUCAACCCGCCCAUCCCCCUCCCCCAUCCUCCCCCCUCCUCCUUCUCUCCCCAGCCGAGUCCGACGCGAUCGAACGCAAUGGCUUCCCGGCGGCUCGCAUUGAACCUCCAGCAGGCGGCGCGCAGCAAGUCCGCCAUCAACGCCAUCAAGACAAAGUCUCUGUCACCCUUGACAAGAGGUCUCGCAACCCCCGUCACCUAUGGCUCCAAGACCGAGUCCACCACAUUGAGCAAUGGCUUCACGAUCGCCACUGAGCACUCCCCGUGGGCACAAACCUCCACUGUCGGUGUCUGGAUCGAUGCUGGAAGCCGCGCAGAGACGGACAAGACCAAUGGCACUGCACACUUCCUAGAGCACCUUGCUUUCAAGGGAACCCAGAAGCGCACACAGCAGCAAUUGGAGCUCGAGAUUGAGAACAUGGGUGGCCACCUCAAUGCCUACACAUCGCGCGAGAACACCGUCUACUACGCCAAGGCUUUCAACUCUGACGUCCCGGCCACCGUCGAUAUCCUCGCCGACAUCCUCCAAAACUCCAAACUCGAGCCCCAGGCCAUCGAACGCGAGCGUGAUGUCAUUCUCCGGGAACAGGAGGAGGUUGACAAGCAGCUCGAGGAAGUUGUUUUCGACCAUCUCCAUGCCACCGCUUUCCAGGGACAGCCCCUCGGACGAACAAUCCUCGGCCCCAAGGAGAACAUCGAGAGCAUCCAGCGCUCCGACCUCGAGACCUACAUCAAGACCAACUACACCGCUGACCGCAUGGUUCUCGUCGGAGCCGGUGGCGUCCCCCACCAGCAGCUCGUUGACCUCGCCGAGAAGUACUUCGCCCAGCUUCCCUCCGAGCCCACCGAUGCUACUGCCCGCCGCAUCGCCGAGGCCCAGAAGCAGAAGCCCGAGUUCAUCGGUUCCGAGAUCAGGGUCCGUGACGACACCAUGCCCACCGCCAACAUCGCCAUCGCCGUUGAGGGUGUGAGCUGGAAGGACGAGGACUACUUCACCGCCUUGGUCACCCAGGCCAUCGUUGGUAACUGGGACCGCGCCAUGGGCACCUCCCCAUACCUCGGAAGCAAGCUCAGCACUUUCGUCUCCCAGAACAACCUCGCCAAUAGCUUCAUGAGCUUCUCCACCAGCUACUCUGACACUGGUCUCUGGGGUAUCUACCUCGUCUCCAGCAACCCCACCAGCAUUGACGACCUCGUCCACUUCACCCUCCGCGAGUGGUCUCGUCUCUCCAUGAACGUCACCCCAGCCGAGACCGAGCGCGCCAAGGCCCAGCUCAAGGCCUCGAUCCUCCUCUCCCUCGACGGCACCACCGCCGUCGCCGAGGACAUUGGCCGCCAGAUCGUCACCACCGGCCGCCGAUUAUCGCCCGAGGAGGUCGAGCGCGUCGUCGGCAACAUCACCGAGAAGGACGUCAUGGACUUCGCCAAGAGGAAGCUCUGGGACCGCGACAUCGCCAUCUCCGCCGUCGGCCAGAUCGAGGGUCUCCUGGACUACAACCGCGUGAGGAACGACAUGAGCAGGAUGCUCUCAUAAGCUCGGGAUGGGUGUGGACGGGUUUUUUU